CGACUAUAUUCACUGCCAGAGGGGGAUUUGUGUGCGAAAAUGGCGACGUCUCGUCGCACUGCCCAGCAGCAACAACAACAACAAAACUUAUCCUCUCCACAAAGACCUGACUCCAGUCCCCUCUCACCUCCAGAAUCGCCCACCGACACCGGCGGUUUAGCGGCUGGCGGGGAGGCAGAAAGCAUCGGGGAUCCGGAGCUCAGUGCUGAAAUCCCCGCUGCGCUCCUCAGCACCAGCAGCAGCAGCUCCAGCUCGAGCAGCACUAGCUCAUCUACCACCGGCGGGGGCAGUAGUGCGGGCUCCACUCCCGACUCCGGUAGUGCCAGUCCUGGAGGCAGCGGCUGCGGGACGAGUGGGGCUUUCAGGGAGCUGUUUGAGGCCUGUAGGAAUGGGGACGUGUCUCGGGUGAAGAGACUGGUGGAUUCGGUCAAUGUAAACGCGAAGGACAUGGCCGGGCGCAAGUCCACCCCGCUUCACUUCGCUGCAGGUUUUGGAAGGAAAGACGUUGUGGAGCAUCUCCUGCAGACGGGGGCGAAUGUGCAUGCAAGAGACGAUGGAGGCUUAAUCCCGCUGCACAAUGCCUGUUCAUUCGGACAUGCGGAGGUGGUCAGUUUGCUGCUUUGCCAGGGAGCAGAUCCCAAUGCCAGAGACAACUGGAAUUACACUCCGCUCCAUGAAGCCGCCAUUAAGGGCAAAAUCGACGUUUGCAUUGUUCUACUCCAGCACGGCGCCGAUCCCAACAUCCGCAACACCGACGGCAAGUCUGCCCUGGACCUGGCCGACCCGUCCGCGAAAGCUGUCCUCACAGGAGAAUACAAGAAGGACGAACUCUUGGAAGCUGCGAGGAGCGGAAAUGAAGAGAAGCUCAUGGCACUGCUCACGCCGUUAAACGUCAACUGCCACGCCAGCGAUGGUCGUAAGUCGACAUCUCAAAAAAUGCUGUCCACUCCCCUGCAUCUGGCAGCCGGAUAUAACCGAGUCCGAAUAGUUCAGCUUCUGCUUCAACAUGGCGCUGAUGUUCAUGCUAAAGAUAAAGGGGGUCUUGUUCCUCUACACAAUGCCUGCUCAUAUGGACACUAUGAGGUUACAGAAUUGCUGCUGAAGCAUGGCGCUUGUGUCAAUGCCAUGGACCUCUGGCAGUUCACCCCACUGCACGAGGCUGCAUCAAAGAACCGUGUGGAAGUGUGUUCACUGCUGCUGAGUCACGGAGCAGACCCCACGCUGGUCAACUGCCAUGGGAAGAGUGCGGUGGACAUGGCCCCGACUCCUGAACUCAAAGAGAGGCUCACAUACGAGUUUAAGGGCCACUCUCUGCUUCAGGCGGCGAGGGAAGCAGACAUGACCAAGGUGAAGAAGACUUUAGCUUUGGAGAUCAUCAACUUCAAACACCCGCAGACGCACGAGACGGCACUGCACUGUGCGGUCGUUUCACCUCACCCAAAACGAAAACAGGUCACUGAACUGCUGCUGCGGAAAGGAGCCAAUGUCAAUGAGAAGAACAAAGACUUCAUGACGCCUCUCCAUGUGGCAGCAGAACGAGCGCACAACGACAUCCUGGAGGUUCUGCAGAAACAUGGGGCCAAGAUGAAUGCUGUUGACACACUGGGUCAGACGGCUUUGCACCGGGCGGCUCUGGCUGGACACUUACAGACAUGCAGAUUGCUGUUGAGUUAUGGAGCCGAUCCUGCCAUCGUCUCUCUGCAGGGCUUCACAGCCGCCCAGAUGGGCAAUGAAGCUGUACAGCAGAUCUUAAACGAAAACAUUCCAGUAAGGAACUCAGAUGUGGAUUAUAGACUCUUAGAGGCAGCAAAAGCUGGAGACUUGGACACUGUGAAGCAACUUUGCUCCCCUCAGAAUGUGAACUGUCGUGAUCUGGAGGGUCGUCACUCCACGCCGCUCCACUUUGCUGCCGGUUAUAAUCGUGUGGCCGUGGUUGAAUAUCUUUUACACCAUGGCGCCGACGUCCACGCCAAAGACAAAGGAGGUUUGGUGCCGCUGCAUAACGCCUGCUCGUAUGGUCAUUAUGAAGUGGCUGAGCUGCUAGUCAGACAUGGAGCAUCGGUCAACGUGGCUGACCUAUGGAAGUUCACCCCGCUGCACGAGGCUGCGGCCAAGGGCAAAUACGAGAUUUGCAAACUGCUUCUGAAGCACGGAGCAGACCCCACCAAGAAGAAUCGGGAUGGGAACACUCCAUUGGAUAUGGUGAAGGAGGGAGACACAGAUAUCCAGGACUUGCUCAGAGGCGAUGCAGCACUUCUGGAUGCCGCCAAAAAAGGCUGCCUGGCCCGAGUCCAGAAGCUCUGCAGCCUGGAGAACAUCAACUGCAGAGACACACAGGGACGCAACUCCACUCCACUGCACCUGGCAGCUGGCUAUAACAAUCUGGAGGUAGCGGAGUAUUUACUUGAGCAUGGAGCAGACGUUAACGCACAGGACAAAGGUGGCCUUAUUCCCCUCCACAACGCAGCCUCGUACGGGCAUGUGGAUAUCGCAGCCCUGUUGAUCAAGUAUAACACCUGUGUAAAUGCCACUGAUAAAUGGGCCUUCACACCCCUUCAUGAGGCUGCACAAAAGGGCCGCACACAACUCUGUGCUCUGCUGCUGGCCCACGGGGCUGACCCCACCAUGAAGAACCAGGAGGGCCAGACACCACUUGACUUGGCCACGGCGGAUGAUAUCCGGGCGCUGUUGAUUGAUGCGAUGCCCCCUGAAGCGCUGCCUAGUUGUUUCAAGCCCCAGGCGACGGUGGUCAGCGCCUCUGUCAUCUCACCGGGAUCUACGCCUUCAUGCCUGUCUGCCGCCAGCAGCAUAGACAAUCUGGCCGGCCCUCUGACUGAGCUGGCCGUUUCUGGAGCCUCAGGCCCUGCUGAUGGGGCCACAGGAACUGAGAGGAAGGAGGGAGAAAUUACAAUUCUGGAUAUGAACAUCAGCCAGUUCCUGAAGAGCUUGGGCUUGGAGCAUUUGCGGGAUAUUUUUGAGCGGGAACAGAUUACUCUGGAUGUGCUGGCUGACAUGGGCCACGAGGAGCUCAAAGAGAUCGGGAUCAAUGCUUAUGGUCACAGGCACAAACUCAUCAAAGGCAUUGAGAGGCUGCUGGGCGGUCAACAAGGUGCCAACCCAUACCUGACGUUCCACUGUUCGGGUCAAGGCACAGUGCUGAUCGACCUGGCGCCCGAUGACAAAGAGUUUCAGUCAGUAGAGGAGGAGUUGCAAAGUACGAUCAGAGAGCAUAGAGAUGGAGGCAAUGCUGGAGGUGUUUUCAGCAGAUACAACAUCCUGAAGAUUCAGAAGGUGGUGAACAAGAAGCUGCGAGAGCGAUACACACAUCGACAGAAGGAGAUCGCAGAUGAAAACCACAACCAUCACAACGAGCGCAUGCUCUUUCAUGGCUCACCAUUCAUCAACGCCAUCAUCCAUAAAGGGUUUGAUGAACGACACGCUUACAUCGGUGGCAUGUUUGGAGCGGGCAUCUACUUUGCUGAAAACUCUUCCAAAAGCAACCAGUACGUGUACGGCAUCGGCGGAGGAACAGGCUGUCCAACACAUAAAGACCGCUCCUGUUAUAUCUGUCACAGGCAGAUGCUGUUUUGCCGGGUGACUCUGGGUAAAUCCUUCCUGCAAUUUAGUGCCAUGAAGAUGGCCCACGCUCCUCCUGGGCACCACUCUGUCAUCGGCAGACCCAGUGUCAACGGACUAGCCUAUGCCGAAUACGUCAUCUAUCGAGGAGAACAGGCCUACCCAGAGUACCUCAUCACAUACCAGAUCAUCAAGCCCGACAGCACACCCCCAUCCCCGGCAGGAGCAGAGCAGAAGUCCUAGUCCACAGAUCUCAAGACUGUUACUCUCACAUUUCAUCCAUAAACCUCUGCGCUGACUCUUCAUUUGCAGUUCUGCUCCAUGUCAGUUCCCCGUUGAGUGUUUACAAGAAAGAGUUGCCUUGACUUGGCCGAGUCUCCACCCUCGUCUUCAGGUCAGGGGUCUGGAUAUAAAUGCCAUAACGCUGUUUCAUGGCUAAAAUGAAACGUUGUGAAAGACAACAAGUGACCUCUUCCCUUACAUUCUACUACAUUUAACACCGUUUCAGGCAUUAAAAGGUGAUUGGUUACCCAAAAAUGAAAAAUUGUACUCAUCAUUUAAUUUUUCUGUUGAACGCAAAAGAUAUUUUGAAGAAUCUUUAAAAGUCAAUUGAUUUCCGUUGUAGGAAAAUAAUACUAUGGAAGUCAAUGUCAACAUUCUUCAAAAUAUCUUCUUUCAGGUUCACCAGAAGAAACCUAAACAGGUUUGGAACGUGAGAAAAUGAUGACAGAAUUUUCUUUUAUUUUUGGGUGAACUGUGCCUUUAAAAGGAACCCUGCGUGUUAAGACUUAAGGUUUAAUAUUAUAAAGAUGAUGUCCUUUACUGUAUCAUGUGUUUUAACUACAUAUAAGAUUGUUUCACUUUAAAAACAAUUUUAUUUUACAUUAUUUUCGGUGUGCAGUGAAAACUGCAAAAAAAAUUUUUUUUUACUGCAGCUCAACUUAAAACUAAUUCAAUGAUUUAGUAUGAUUCAAAAAUGAUUCAAAAACUGAUUCAGUGGAACAUUGUGGGGCUUUAGAAUGUAAUAUUUAGUUCAAGGGCAUCUCUUGAACUGAAAAUAAAACACUUUCAAGAGGAGAAAAGAAUAGGAAAAUGUCUGUACACAAAUAACAUUUCUGACAAACCUUGAUCUCUCCACUUCAGCCCUGAUUACAGGUGGAGAUGGACACAAGAUCAAGUGUACGAUUUUGACCGCUAAACAUGCUAAUGUACCAUUUCAAGCAUGUUUAGCAUGUAGUGGAUAUUUUAUUUUGUAGAUUUCAUGUGGUAUUCAGAGCUCUUUAAGCUUGUGUGUAAAAAAGAUGAUAUUGAAGGCUUUCAUCACUUCUCUUGUUGCAUAUGACUAAAAAUUAACAUCAAAAGCCACACAAUGUGGUAUUAAAUUGAGUUUCAUUGUUGAUUAAAAACAAACACAGAACACUGAGGGGAAAAACUCUGACUUCAAGCACUGCACAUCUAAAAUAAUAACACCCUCUAAUCCAAUAUGAAUGUGGAUUUAUAAAAUCUGAUGUAUUCUUAGGUUUUCUGCUACAUAUUUCAGUAACAGACAUCAUUUAUUUGAAUUUAAGCCGUCUUAAAGGGAUAGUUCACCUAAAAAUGACAUUUUCCAUUCCAUUGAUUCACACUCAAAUGGUUCCAAAUCUCCACAAAACAAGAUAUUCUUAUUAUUUUUUUUACAAAAGAAAAUAAUGUGAAGAAUAUUCGAGAAUAAACAGCCAUUGAUAUUAGAGACAAAAACUACUAUGAUAGUCAAUGGAAGUCAGUUUUUUCCCCACAAUAAUUCAAUAUAUCUGUUCAACAGGUUUGGAACAAGUGGAGGAUGACAGAAUUGUAAUUGGGUGAACUAUCCCUUAAAUAGCCAGAGUUCCUUAUAGUUGUUUCUUCCAAAUGGUUUUACUGUUACUGUGAUUAAUUCUCUUUCAUUCUUGUCACUUUAAUUCACAAUUGUGAUAUAAAACACACACAAGUUUCCUGAAAUAUAUAUAAUUUUUUAGUUUUUUUUCUUUUUUCUUUAUGCAUUAUCAACAACUAAAAAGCCUUAGAUGGGUUUUAAAGCAAGACGAAUGUUGAUGCAGAGACCGGAAAUAUCGGAAAAAGCCUUUGACCACAAAAUAGCAAAAAUUGUGUGCUCUAAUUUUUUUAUUUUUUUAUUUUUAACAUAUCUUUGCACAGGAAUACUGCUCAGAAUGUCCCAUUCCAUCGCCCAAUCACAGCCCGAUCCCAAAAUGCAUCUUUUUAAAACAGAAUUUGCACUUUUAAGCAGGACUUAAGUUAUUCAGAAUAAUUUUAAAAAGACGUAGGUUUAAAAAAAAAAUACAAUUGUACAGGUUGUGUAACGGACAAUGCCUUUGUAUAGCUUUUAAUGUUGUUUACUGAUGCAGAGUGGGUUUUAUUUAGUACUGUAAAGGAAGCUGAAGUUUUCCUUCUAUAUUUUCAGAUUUUGCUUUCAAUACGUAAUUCCGAAAUCUUGUUCAUUCCAGUCUGGUUUUUCUGCCGUCAUGAGAAAGGCCUCUUUUUUCCCGCGAGGGUCUCUGUAAUGUUAUUUUUCCUGUUACACACUACUGAACUCAGCAGCUCAUCUUUCAGAAGGAAGAAGUGAAGGAAAGACGUGGCUCUACCUCUGGUCAGCUUCGCUCAGGUGUAGUUUGUGGUGUGUCCUGGAGGUCAUUUAUCUGCCUUACUCCAGAGAGAAGACCUUUCUCCAGCACAGAUGCGUAUGAGGGAGGUGGACGGACUCGAGUGUUUCUCAAUUGUGCGAGCUGCGUUUUUACUUUAUUUCUAUGUUCUUGUGAACUCUAAACAGAAGCGGCUUGUCAACCCAAAGCCAUCAGCGGACUAAUCAAACACUCCACAAUCAUGUAAAAUGGUCUUAAUAAAGUACGUCAUAAAUGAG